CUGGACCUGCCCAAAGGAGGAUACGUAUACCAUGGCUCCAAAGGGUUCUUCCUUUUCGCCACGGCAGCGGACGACUGCACGGCACAGCAAGCUGCGGCAGUCUCCGCCGAACCGUCUGCACUCCCGAUUGUCUUGCGGUCAUUCCAUGGUCCUGAGGAGGAGCGCCGUCAGCUUCAACAAGUACUACGGCAGUACGACAGGAUCUUCACGGAAAAACCCGAGAUGCCUCCCCAAGGAAAGCGCAGGAGUAGUCGCGGCCCGGGACGCUCUCCAGGGGCUACUUCGUCGACCGCCCAGCCUCAAGUUCCGAGCCGACCCGUGCCACCAACUCACCGGUCAGUGGCUACAUGGACCGUCAUAGCGGGAGACAGACGUGUAUCGUGGGCCUCUCCUUCUCGUUGGACUUCCCAACCCCGCCCGCUCCGCACCGACGACCCGGCGAAAGUGCCUCAGCCUUUCAGAGACCAGUUGCUGACGGACCGACACCUCAAUGAUCCCCCUAUUGCGCUGACUGAGGAGGAAAGGCGACUUCUAUGUCCUUUAUGUCAAGUCCUCGAACUGCACCGUCGACCGCAACGACAAGGGCGACUUCAACGGGCCAAACAACAGUUCAACAGCGGGGAUGUAGCCGCAGCCCUGGACACGUUGAGGAGGCAUAGGCCCGACCUCUUGAGGCCUUCCUCUUCACCGAAUCCAGGAGACGACGUAGUCCUGGAGUUCGACGACGACGACCUCUAGAGGACAACAUUGUAGUUGUUUUGCGUUGCGAAACUGUGUGCCACGUUUUGAGGUGGGGGAAGUGUGGGGUAACAGAGGACGAAGAAGUGGGGGCAGAGUGUGAAAGGAAGACGAGGGAGUUAGGUGGUUGCUGUGUGGACGUGGAAGUGUGGAAGCGAUCGGCUGUAAGAUGUGAGUGAUUAAAAUAACAAGUUUCCUGGCA